UUGAGCGUAACAGUUGUUUUUUUGUCAAAAAUUAAAUAAAAUAUGUCAGUUUACAAGACGUGCGUUGUCUAAUUAAAAUACUUUACAUAUGAAGUCAAGAAGAUGCGCACCGCGUAACAGCGAAAAACGAAUGAAUGUCAAUAAGUCAUAAAUAAGCAGGUUUCAGAGUAUGAAUGAACUUGAACUCAAGGAAGGAAAAAAUGUUGCGAACAAACCAAGUUCAAGUUUCUAGAUUUAAAGGGCGUCAAUUCGCGACAAUACAUACAUAUCUACGUAGACCCAUCCGCACGCUAAGCUCAUUUGUAUGCAAGAUAUUUGGGUGAGAACGUGUAAUAUACUCGCGCACACAUAUGGAUUUUGGCGAAUGCCUCCCAGCCAUAGCAACCUACCUUAAGAGAGCGCCAGAGGUGGAGCAGAAAUGGGUUGGCCUGUGUGCGGUGACAGUGUGAAACCCCAGCAAACGAGCAAAGGUCGCUUAGCAAAACCAGAUAACCGUAAAAAGUGGGCGAUAUAAUUGCAUAAAGGAAGCCAAAACUGCGCGUGCUGCCGCCAAUGUGCUUGUUGGUCACUGUACUGUGCGCAGAUCAAUUUUAUUUGUCUCCAUUGUUGGGCGUUUAAACUUUUCCAGCAGCCAUGCUUCCACAUUGAAAAUCAAAAGACGCGCCAAAGUGGCACUUACUUACCCAAAAUUUGAAGCCGUGAAUGUAAAAGCCAUAGCUUUCAGCUACUAACGCUACAUUUGCUAGCAGAAACAACCUGCUUAAGCGUCAAGGCAAUGGAGUCCACCACGUGCACCGCGUGAUUUUUGGCUCUCUUCUUCACCUUCAUCUUCCCUUUAUCAUUACAAUUUUUGUUCCACAUAUUACGCUGUAGACAACGUCCACAGUUCACCAGCCCCUGCUGCUGCUGCUGCUGCUGCGACUGAGACGAUUUAUGAUUUGUUUAUAUGAGAAAUUGUUGCUUUUUGCAUGUUUUCCCUUUCUUUUCAUCGCAAGUUUCGCCUACUGUGUUGCCUCUGUUGUUUUCGGAAUGUAAGGCAAUCGUGCGUCGAUUGGUAAACGCUUUCCUUUACUAUGAACUUGAGCCACAAACAUUUAGUCCUUCGCGCGGUUUCGCAGUCAUCAGACGUGUUUGAACUCCUUAAACGCAAAACAAAAACGGUUGAUUGAUAAGUGGUAGAAACUAAUGAUCAGAAGGAUUCGCAGAAGAGGAAGUGAUAUAUAAUUUUACUAAUGGAAAAAUAAAAAAAAUUCACUCUUUUUUAAUGCUGAUUAAAGCAUAUAAAGAUUGAAAAUUAAUGCUAUUAUAUUAAAAUAAAAAUAAAAGUCAAAUUUUGUAAAAACUAUAUAAUGCUUCAAAUAGUGCAAAGUCCGAUAAAGUGUAAAAAAACACAUAUAGUCUCAAAAGUGUGCUAUUCUUUUCAAGCAUAAAUUCAAUACGAAAAGUUGUUUAAAAUGGAAAUAGAGUGGAAAUAAAAUAUUACAUUGCAUGAAAAGUACAACAAAUUACCACAAUUAAUAACUAGAUUUACAAAUAAUUCCUUAACUCCAAAUCUCCGGAAUUUGUUAGUAGAAAUUUCGGAACAAAACAUACCACACAUCUCGGGGAUUACGUACGCGCUGCUUUCGUGCAUAAACGACGCUAAACAAUGUAAGCUGUGACUUAAACACACAUUCCCCGAAGCAAAAACAACAAAUCAGAAUAGCAAGUUAAGGAAAACGUCACCAAAAUGUACGCCAUUAUGCGACCGCCCAGCGCAUAGUAAAAAGAAUCCACUCGACAUAUUUUCGGCAUCAGAACGGAGUUACAGCACAUCCUUCAUAAAGGCAAAUCAUCCGUCAAAGCUGUGCUAUUGAGCCACACUAAGGAACUGUAUCAGCGAGUAGCUGCGCGUAAAGCCGUUAACCGCUAAGUAGCCUAAAAAGUAAACAGCAGCAACGCAUUCAUCGCCAAUCACCAAAUCAUCGGUAUGCUCAUCUCACAACCAGCAACGACAUAUCUUGGACCCACAUUACCCUAUGCGCCACACGCCUCGUCCACAACGUCACGUACGACAAAUUACAUAGAUGUUGCUAGCCAAGCGUUGGCGGCUGCGGUAGACAGCACAGCGACGUUGGCGGUAUUCAGCAGUAUUGGCGACGGUUUGCGCAAUCGGAGCGGCGACGGCGGUGAGCCAGCAGCGGUUAGCGGUGGCAGUGAUGAAAUGACGGACAUCGAUGCCGCGUCAGACUAUGUGCCCCCCGAGCAACGACCUGAAACUUACAUUAUCACCGUGCUCUUUGCGCUCAUCUUCAUUGUUGGCGUUUUAGGCAAUGGCACUUUGGUGAUAAUAUUCUUUCGGCAUCGCUCCAUGCGCAACAUUCCCAACACCUACAUACUGUCGUUGGCAUUGGCCGAUCUGCUCGUCAUUGUCAUUUGUGUGCCGUUGGCCGGCAUCGUCUAUACACAGGAGAUGUGGAAAUUUGGCGCCGAGAUGUGCCGCGUGAGUGAGUGCUUCAAAGACAUUUCCAUUGGCGUUUCGGUAUUUACACUGACCGCCCUGUCUGGCGAGCGCUAUUGUGCCAUUGUAAAUCCGUUGCGUAAAUUACAGACGAAGCCUUUGACUGUCUUCACCGCCAGCAUGAUCUGGCUGUUGGCCAUUCUACUGGCGACGCCAUCGUUUGUCGUCUCUGACCUGCAGGAGAUAGAGAUACCACCCACCAAAGGCCAUGAUAAUUUGACAAUUAUCAUCUGCUCACCAUUUGGACGCAAUCGUCCUAAUUUAGAUUCCUACGCCAGAUAUACCGUCAUUUGCAAGGCAUUCAUCUAUUAUCUCUUGCCACUAUCCAUCAUCGGCGCCCUCUACAUACUCAUGGCCAAGCGUUUGCACACGAGUGCACGUGAAAUGCCUGGCGAGGCGUUGGGCAUGCAAAGCCGGUCGCAGGCGCGAGCUCGUCGUCACGUGGCGCGAAUGGUGGUCGCCUUUGUUGUGAUAUUCUUCGUCUGCUUCUUUCCUUAUCACUUGUUCGAAUUGUGGUUCCACUUAAAUCCGACAGCUAAAGAGGACUUUGAUGAUUUCUGGCAUGCAAUUCGGAUAAUUGGAUUCUGCGCAAGCUUUCUACAUUCCUGCGUCAAUCCUGUCGCUCUGUACUGUGUCUCCGGCGUCUUCCGGCAGCACUUCAAUCGGUAUUUAUGUUGCCUCUGCAUUAAGCGACAACCGCGGAUACGACAACAUUCCACCGCGACGGGCGUCAUGGACACCAGCAUCAUGUCGAUGCGUCGGUCCACGCUCAGCAAUUAUAAUCGCGCUUCGUUGCAUAUGAACAAUAACCGGGGCGGCAGCGGAGGCUGCAAUGGAGGCGGCAGUGUAGGCGGUGGUGGCAGUGGUGGCGGUGGUGGUUUCCACAGACAGACCUCCAUGCAGUUGCAUCAUAGUGUCGCCAAACAAAAGAACGACACUGGUAGCGUUGUAGGCAGCGUAGGAGCUUGUGGACCCGGCGAAAAGAGAUAUUCCUUGGAUAGCUUGGAGCGUUAUUAAGUCGUUGGCAUUGCGAUUCUCUGUACUCGCUCGCUCGGCGGCUUUUGUGGCUCACCAGCGAUUUUACGAAUCAGUGCAGUAGCAGCUUGCGAGCUAUGCAAUUAUAAAGUCAACAUAAAUAUAUUUCAUUGUCAUAUCAAGGUACUCGUAUAUACGUACGUAUAUAUAUCUGCAUGAGCGGCCGCACCAGCUCAGCUCUAUUCAAGGCGUUAUCAGGAUUUGGGAAAUGUAAAGUAAAGUAAAUGCAAAAUAUAUGCCAGAAGUUUUUAUAUGU